AUGUCUGGUGUGUCUGAACCCUUACAAAAUCACCUCAAAGAACUCAAACUCAAAGAAAGAAAUGACUGUUUCUUUCAAGAUGAGAGACACGGUAUGAAUGUCACUGGACGACUGCAGGAGAUGAUCCCGGUCCAGGGGGAUAUGAUGGACGAGCACAAAAACAACAAGAGUGUAUCAGCUGCAGCAGAGAGUAUUGAGAGUUUCCAGUCUCUUGUUUCCCCUUCUGGACCAGAUUCCCCAAUCCAUGAACAAAAAUCUCUGCUAAUGUAUAAAGCAGCUUUCAUACAUUGGUCAUUUCAUUUAUCAUUAUCAUCUCUGUUCUCUAGGCUGAGGAUCUCUGCACCUGAACCUUCUGAAAUUGAUCUUCACUGUCAGUCUUGUGUUCACAUUGUUGAUAGUGAUCAGUGGGUUCAGGUGAAGCCGUCAGUCUGUACAGAUGAAGGAGGGUCAAAGUUCAGGAUCAGCACUCAGGCGGGUCGAUUCGAGUGCAGCAGGACCAGAAUGCGAUGGGUCUGUUCUGGUGACGUCAUUCUCCAGUACCGUGCAGUGGAUGGACAUUUCCUCAGUGCGGAGCUGGAGAGGCUUCAGUGUGAGCGAAUUGGUCCAGUGAUUGAUGUGACCGUGAUCUCAGGGAAACUGGAGGAGGCCCAUCUUCCUCAUUACGCCUGUUUAGCAGAGUCUGACCCCUCUCUCAAAGAUGCUGUAAAGGUCCUCAGUUUUGAAAAUGAAGGAAUAACCUUAGAAUCAGUGGAGUUGACUCGUUUUCACGCCAGAAUACUCCAACCAGAUUUUUCUCCUAAAACAGUACUUAUGAAACUAGGGAUUCCAGUGAAAGUGCACUGUGAUCUACUUAUCUUUAUGACAAAAAAGAACCCCAUCAUUCUCCAUGUGUAUUUUUUCCCAUCCGAUUCUAUUUUUGCAAAAAGAAUUAAAACAGAGGAAAAGCUAAGUCAUCAAAUCAAGUGUUCAAGACCAGAAACCCCACUGCAGAUGAUGAAACAACACAGUCUUGAGGUUCCUGGUGCUUCUGUCCAACCCAAAGAGAUCAAGCUAAGAGGUGACAUCGAGCCAAACUUCUUUCAGGUCAAACAAACUCUGGUCGAUGACAUCAAUAUGACUCUCAGCCGUGUGGAUGAUCAGAAAUCAGUAUGGACUGCAACAAUUUGGAAAGAAUUAACCGACAUCAAACCAAACAAACCUGAAUCUACUUGGUUUCAAAAUGUACAAAAACAUAAGACAACACAAGUGCCUGCCAACUUUGAUAAAGCUCAAUUUUUUGAUAAAAACUGGUGCGAUCUAAUUAAAUACGUUAAGAAUGUGAAUGCCAUUGCAGAUAAACUGCUUCAGAGGCAAAUCAUUCAGGAUGAAAUAUAUUCUGAAAUCACACAUCCCAAUUCAACCAGUGAGGAAAGCAUGAGAAGGAUCUGCAGCGUCGUGCGUAAAGGCAGUGUCACGGUGAAGGAAAUUUUAAUCUCCGUUCUUCUGGAAGAAAAUCCCAACCUUUUAAAUCAUCUGCCUUUAUCGGACUCUUAACCUUUUUUACUAAUGACUGUACAUGUGUUUUACAUGAUUUGUGAAAUGACAAACUACAGGUGACCAAUGCACUUGAGAAAUCACUCUACUAUCACUCAGCCUUUAGAGAAAAGUAUUUGUCAAA